CGGCUGAGGGCGUCAUCAGUCGUCACUUGCCGUCUGCUGUUUGCCGCUGUCUGGGUAGCCGUUACGUUUUGCUGCGUUGUCGUCGUUAGUUGCCCUUGCGAGAACGGUUGUCGUACAUGGCCGACGUGUUCCGCAAGCUGCCGCUGCUCCUCCUCGUAGUGAUUCUGCUUGUCGUUGUCGUCUUUGUUCAGGUGUGCAUAUUGGGGAGGUUGCCUUCACGUAGUCGCAGGAAACGAGGGGCGAGGAAGAGCGUGGUCAUGGACGGGCGGCGGCCGAAUCUUACCACGUUGUCGGACACUUAUCCCAGUCAUCGGCCUGCGAUCUCUACCGGUGUAGACAGAAGGGCGGCAGGUCCGUCACUGCACGAAGGACUCCUGCCUCACUUGCAGCCUCUGGCCGAUUCGGACGAGGGGGAGCCGGACGUAGACGUGUCGAGGACAGUUCUGCUGGGUAGCGGGUCGACCCAGGAAUGGACGGGUAGCCAGUUGUAUGAUCGGCGGGGAACGAAGUACAAGCAAUCGUUCACUUCCCUCCUCCAUGAAGGUGCCGCGGAGGACGAAUGCCUCCCCCCUGUGGAUCUAACAUUUGGCUUGCGGGGCAGGAGCCCAUCGUCCGCCACGCGCACUGUGAUCGUCAACCCUCAUCCCAAUGACGACGCGUGGCAGGUGACAUUGGUCGGCAGGGGCACGAGGGGUGGUACUGCGCCUCAAAAGCCCUCGGAGAAGACGAGGGAGUGUCGUACAGCGCAGGCGACUUGUGGCCCGUCACUUCCACGCAGCACCGGCGGUCGUCCGCAGUGGAUGCACCUCCCCUCUGCGUCGCCCGGGGGCCGCGACGACGUUCGUCGUCCCGUUCAACGGGGUGUCACUCACGAAGACUUCCCUUUCGAGGGCGCGCAUGGAGAUGGCAGGCAUCUAUGGAAGGAGUCGAGGCAGGAGUUACGGCGACAGCAAGAAGAGUCCAUAACGGAAGGUGUGCAGCGAUUACGUGUGGGCGAGCGGGCCGGGCAAGUGGACUGGGCUGGCGGGGGGGGUGACGCUUGGGCAGACGUUGACGGAGUUGAGUGUGACGUUGAGGACAACGACAGCGGUGACGUGUUCCCGUUGCGUGCACCGAACAUGGGUGGCAGGGGCGGCAGAGGCAGGGGUCCGACGAGCACAACGCGGAGGCCAAAGAAGUCGUCGGCAACUUCUGCUGAUGUGGAAGCUGAGGGGGAGGGGGAGGGUGGCAGGAAUUUUUGGUAUGUGGAACACAUGGUGGCCCUGAUAAGGGCGAAGCGGGAUCAGGACGCCCAGUUGCAAGCGUCGGGGCACGCAUUCGCACGGAUGCGGUCGACGGAGUGGAAAUGGGCGGACGUCAGGGAGAGGUUGCUGAAGGGAGGACUUCUUCCAGGUGACGAGUCAACGAGGGGAGAAAAAGGAUUCAACUUCAACAUGGAUCGGGCCGUGUAUGACGAGAUCAAAGGGGCGAGGGAGAGGAGCCACACUAUCAGCCCGACUAAUGUUGCAGACACCGGCGGCGCCGGAGGUGUGCAACUCCCAUCUGCACAGUCGGCGACUCCGGAAUCUGUGGGGGACGGGGAUGCCGGUGGAGAUGGCAACGACGAAGACGACAGCUCAACGCGGGGGGCCUCACAGACGACUGGCAGUCCCGCGGGGUUCGGGAAGAGAAAAAAUGUGCGGCAGCAGACAUUGGAGGCCUUGACUGAGUGCAUGGAGAAGCAUGGGGCGUUGAUGGCGUUAACGAUGGAGAGCGCGAGCAAGAGGCAAUGCGAGACGAUGGAGAGCGCGAGCAAGCGGCAAUGCUCCAUUCAACUUCGGCAGUGUGAAGCUCUGGAAGCGGAGGUGGAGGUCCAAAAGCAACACUGCGCUGCGUCUAAUGAAGUUAGCAAGCUGAUGUCUCAUGCGCUGAUGGAAUUAGCGAAGGCUAUACGAGAGCGGUAGACGGGAACGUCUGGCACAGGGCAUUGCUCGGCUAUGGACGUCAAUUUCUUCUCACGCACAUGUCGUCUUUUUUAGUCGGAUGGUGUUCGUUCGCACUCGUAGUUCAUGUAGUGUCGUCGCCUUGUUUUCGGGUAGUGUUCGUAGAUGACUAGCAGAAUGCCUGUCGUGCGCGUGCUUCUGUCGGUCUGUCCGUCUUAUCCCUGGAGCUCUUCCUUUGUACAUUGUGAACGACCGAGUGCCCGUAUUGUUUUAUUUGUAAUUUUUAAGCUCCGGCCGUCCUUGUAGUGUGCUCGUAAUCGGGAGGUGGUCGAAUGAACCGACCACACUGUGAUGAUGAACGUGGCCGGUAGAGGUUCAUGGAGGACCGUUUGAUUCAAUUCUUUAUCUUGCAAAGUAAAUACAUGGACAAUUU